CAUAUAUAGUAUAUAUGUACUUCAUUUAUAUAAUAUACACGAAUUCGCAAAUAAAUGCAAUUUGCAGUGAUGCAAUGCAAAUGUAUGAAAACAUGAAAUGUGAAUGAAGGAAAAAUGACGUGAAAUUUAUGUUACACCACUAAAUACAUAUGUAAAUUUGUAUGUAAAAUAAAAAUGAAAAUAUUAUUGCUUCUGUGAUACUCCAAAAAUCGGUGCACUGAUUUAUAAAAGCGCGACAUAAAAAGUUAUUUGGAAUAAUGGAAUUAUAAUUAUACGUACCCUCCUCAACUCAGAUAUACAUACAUACAUACAUAUGUGUAUAUACAACAGCAUCUGAAUUAAGUGAAACAUAUAUAGAAUGAACUGAUUUAAUACGAUAAAUGCGUAACAGUUGUAAAUAGGGUGCGUGCAAAAAAAAAAAAGAAAAAAAUAUUAGAAAAUGUAUGCAGCAGCAGGUGGAGCCUCAUUGGCUUCACGCCAGGCGCGCCAGCGUCAGCGUCAACAAAAGAAAAAUCAACAAUUACAAGCAAAACUUCACCCUCCGAAAUUAGCAGCGUUGUCGAUAAGUGAACAUGGUGCUUCGACGCCCACGCGCACACAGUCCAGGCAAUUCCACCAGCUGCCGACCAACUAUCUGCGCACGCCACAAACGCAGGCAAGGAAAUUAAGCGCCAGCUAUACCACACAAUCGAAGCUUCUACUGCCCAUUGAUGAAGGUGAUAAUCAGUCGGUGUUGCAGAUGCGCGUACAAUAUAUGCAUACUCAAAUGCAUCAUUCCCACAGUCACGCACACCCGAAUCAGGCACAUCCGCCAACUCAUAGCCAGUCCGCGCAUCAGCAGCACCAUCACCACCACCAUUUUCAUGGCGGUGUUUCACCGAAGCUGGUUCACCGGCAUUCGGGUAGUGGUGCUAGUAGUUUUUAUCAACCAAAGUUACCUAAAUCUGCCACAGCGACGUUGCCACUUGUUUCACAAAUGGAAACUACGCCACCGACGUCGCCAUCGGCUGCGGCCGAAGGUGCAAUAACCACCUCUGCGAAGGCGGGUACGUCAUCUGUUGAUCACACUUCCAUUAAUGUAUCCCACCAUGAUGCAAUCGUUGUGACACCGGCCACGCCGAUGGCCUCGCCAGGGCAUGUUGGCAAACGACAAAUCCAUCAACAACGCGAUGUAACUAGCAACAUUGUUGGUAAGAUUGAAAGUUUUACUACACCAAGCACAAUCAUUGCUGAUGAUAAUGAUGAUGAUGAUGAUGAGCUAAUGAAAGAACCACCGAAUGCACCGCUAGAACGUAAGUGCAGUGUAUAUCGAAUGCGACGCAAUAUGCCCAUUGAAUACCAGGAGGCGAGCUUAGUUGGCGGUGUGGGCAGUAGCGUUAGGCGGCAGCUGAAGGAUCUGCAGUUUAAUCAACAACAACAACAACAAUAUGAGCCUCUGCUAAGCAACGAUUCGCACAUUUCUUAUAAGGGACUAACUAACGGAAGGAAAUGGCAAGUAUGUGCCUACUGCGAGGAGGGCAUAUGCGUUUGCGAACAUAUUGAGUGUACACGUGGUCGGGCAGCGUGGCAGGAACGGGGACGCCGUUGCAGUGUUCAAGAAGCGCAACAACAAGCACCCUGUCACCGCCGCUGGGUAAAACGCAAUCGUGUGCAAGACGCAUCUCUGGGCGGUUCUUCGGAUGACGAAGAUUUUUUAGGUGUGUUACGCGGACCUAGUACAUUUGCGAACGCAUUUCUAUACGUGGGCCUUGGCACGAUUGCUUUGGGUUUGGUAAUAGCAUUUGUUGGAACUGGAGAAAAGGGAUUCAAAACAGUAGAACUGAGACUAAUUGGACCCUCAUUAAUAGGACUGGGGUUCGUGUGUUGCCUCCUGCGAAUACUUUUAUGUAUUUGCCCUUCACAUUGUAUUUCAACGAAUAAGAAGAACUUCAAGAAAGAUUGCAACAAAACUGACGCUGACUAUACAACAUCACUACUUCGGGGAGAAAGCAAACGAGUUUCAAUAGCUCGACGGCCAGCAAUACAGCCGAAAUACCCACUUGCGCACAAACGGAACAGCAAUAAAAUACUUAAUGAAGGAAUGGAAGCUUUGCGGCAAAUUGCUACGACGUCCCUUUUCAUGCAGAAUGAGCAGAAGACAUCUCUAAAUCGUGUAGUUCCAAUCAUAAAAGAGCCAGGCAAUAUCAAUGAGCGCAUUCCGAAGAAAACUGAAUUUUCAAACGAUGAAGAACUGUAUGACGAAAGCUGUAGAGAAAAGGAAAUCUGCAACGAAGACAAUAGCAAAGACGCCAACAGCAUAUGUCUAGAAAGCGUGGCAAAAAUAACAACCAAAACUGCCAGGAAAGUUAGUUUAACUUCACCGGAGUCCCCUACAAAUGCAAUUUCAAAGAAAAUGUCGAAUAACGUUGAAAUAGAAGACCCGGCGGCAUCACUAGAACAGCAAACAACUACAUUUACAAGUUUCGAGAGUAAAUUGUCACGUCAGCGCAUUCCAUUGAACCAUAAAAUGACCCAGGAUAUCCAACCACAAUUUUUGACGCCUUCGAUAGCGACGAAUUAUCUACCCAACGCCGAUUUACUAAUGGAGACCUCUUUGACGAUCAAUCAGCCAAAGACGUCGACGCCACCCUUAAUACAUAGUGCUAAUUCUGUUCUCAACAACUCGUACAACUUCUCUGGAUUCAUAGAAAACUCUAGUACUGGAGCAGUACCGAAAAUUUCCUCUUCUGCCACAGCGUCUUCAAUUACCACAGCAUCAGUAUCAGAAAAAAUAACUGGAGUUAAACAAUCAUUAGCCGAGCAGGAGCACACUUCGCUGGACAGGAAAGUAGCAUCAAACAUUGCAUUAAACGUCACAUCAAAUAUUUCGUCUUAUGUGAAUACCUCAAUAGUUGCGAAUACAAAUAUUAGCACAACAAAUACAACAAUCGGUACCCAUAUGAGCAAAAUAGUGCAGCCGGUGGUGUGUCUGCCUGGACAGAUUGAAGAAAGUGUCACGGCGCUUACAAAACUAUCAAACGUAACUCAAGAUGAAUUGAACAAAACCCAGUUUCCUGUAACCGGUUUUUCCAAAACCAGCUUUAUGUUCCCUACCCCUCUCUUAUCAUCAUCAGAUACCGAAUCAGUUUCAUCUCUACAGGCAACAAUAACACAAAAACGUUUAUCAGCAGCGGAUCAGCCUCAGAACGGGACAACAAGUAAAAACAUGACGCACGAUAGCAAAUACGUUCCACAACAUAAUCAUAACUUAAGCGUAUAUGAACCUGAGUUGCUGCUGAGUCCAGCCAAGCUUGGUCAAUAAGCCUCCCCAGUCAUAUUUUCUUUUUUUAACAAAGCCUGUAGGAAUUUAUAACAGAAUUAGCAUAAGUCCUAGCAUAUCUAUUUCAUUGUAAAAAGUGAAGAUGUUUUAUUUCUAUUUGUUGAGACUUUAGAGCAAUAUGUUUUUUAUUGA